UAAAUAUUUGAGAUUUUACAACAUAAAAAGUGAAGUAUGGAUGCUGAUUCAGAGCAUUGGUCUUCUGGUCGACAACUUCUGCUUCAGCGCUGCAAGAGUCGUGCACUUUCUUGUCUAAAUGAGCAUGAAUAUAGUCGUGCAUUUGCUCAUUUUAUUGUUGCUUUAACCGUUGAACCAGCUGUGAAGGGGGAAUUGUUGAAUGCUUUUAUCUUUACCUUGGAAAAAAUUGCAUCUGAUUUGGAAAAAGAACAGCAAGUGAAUGAAGUUCUUUUAUGUUAUCAGCAAGCUUUGGAUGUUCUUCCAAAUGAUUCUCAUGUCUUGCAUGGUCUUGCUACUACUCUUUUCAGACUUGGAUUUAUUGAAUGUGCUGCAUCAUAUUUCUUAAAGUCCUACCAAGCAAACCCAUUUUUCACCCCUUCACUUUACUGCAUGGAAAAUCUAAAAAAUGCUUUAGUUGAGCGGUGGCAUUUUGUUAUGUUGAAUGAUUCUCAUCGCAAUAUGGCCUAUCACAGAGCCAUAAAAAGAGCUGUGAAAUCUGGAUAUAAUCAAGUUCUUGACAUCGGUGCUGGCACUGGUAUCCUCAGCAUGAUGGCUGUUGAUGCUGGGGCAGAAAAAGUAUAUGCAUGUGAAGCAAGUGAAAUCAUGUCUGCUGUGCUUCAAAAUGUUAUUGAAACCAAUAAUAAGGACAUUACAGCAUUCUCAAAAUUUUCAACUGAUUUAUGCGUGCCUGAUGAUUUACCUGAAAAAGUUUCUUUGAUAGUUACAGAAAUAUUUGACGCUGGUCUGUUUGGUGAACAUGUUCUAGAGACCUUAAAUCAUGCUUGGGAGCAUUUACUGGUAUCAAAUGCCAAUUGUGUUACAAAUAUUAAUGAAAAGGAUGAAGCUGCUUCAAGCAUUUCUUCAUUGUGUUCUAAUGUGGAAAAUGCUGCAAUGACACCAAACCGUGAGAUUAACGUGGGGAAAAUCAUACCUUAUUCUGCUACUGUAUAUGCUGUGCCAGUUGAAAGUAGGAGGCUUAGAAAAAACUUUGCCUUGGACAUGGAAAUCAUGGAAGCAUUGAAUAUAAAGAAUAUGGUUGCUCCCCAGCUGUUAGAUGAAGAGCCCUACUCCACAGAAAAGUUAUAUAAUAUUCCCGAUGGAUAUAAACUAUUGAGCAAACCUUCUGUUUUAUUAGAAGUCAACUUCAAUUCACCCCAGGAUAUCAAAUCCCUUUUACAAGGAAAAGUCUUAAACAUUAAACAUGAGUGCACAGAUAAUGGCAUGUUGGAUGCGAUGAUUGUCUGGUUUGAUCUUCAUCUUGAUGAUGAAACUACAAUAUCUACUGCUCCAAAUUCUGAAGUUGAUAGCUGUUGGGAACAAGCUAUAUUUUUUGCACUUCCUCAGUGUUUAAAAGGUUCAUCACCGUUGUGUAGCAUUGGUGACUGCAUUGAAAGUGAAUUUCUUUGUCAAGGGCAUUUAACAUUGAAAAGCAUAAAAACAAGAGCCAAUAAUAUUGAAAACAACUUUAAUCAAACUUUAACCAUGGAUCCAUCUUUAAUCAAUCUGCUGAAUACAUAUAGUUCUGGAAAUAUCAUUAAUUUGAAUUUGAGAGAUAUAUAUAAUGUGGACAAUGCUGCCAUCUUGGACAUUUCUACUUUUCCAACCUUGACCUUGAAAGCUCUGAAAGACAGUCCAUUUACUGCAACUGUUUUGAAAACACAAUAUCAGUCUGAAGUGGAACAACUUCGAGAUUUGUACCAAAUAUCAAAGGAACGCUUGGUUUUUAAAUCUUAUGAAGAGUUAUAUAAAAGUAAAAUGCAGUGUGAUUUUUUGAUAGUUGAUCCAGUUGAGCCUUGCGGUUUAUUGAAGAAGAAUUUAUUGGAAGAUAUUACUAUGUUAAGAAUGCAGUCCCUUAAAGAAACAGGCAUUGUAGUUCCUGGUGAAAUUGAAAUAAUGGCCAUACUGAUUGAAAGCCCAGUCCUGAAGGAACAUUCCAAAGUAAUAUCAGACGAAAGGACUGCAGGUUAUAAAAUAUCCCAAGUAAUGAAUGCCUAUCAGUGUCGCAUACAUCAAGAUAUUCAAUAUUCCAUGCUUCCUUAUACAAAGAUCACUGAACCUGUGAAACUCUGCAGCAUAAAUUUGAACAGUAAAUGUGAGAGAGAAAGAAAAUCGCUUUUCAAAGAUAUGCAUAGGACAACCGAAGUAGAAGCCAUCAACAAUGGCCAAGUCACUGCCAUAAUUUAUUUCUUCGUUCUGAAGUAUCAUCAGAAUUUUGUCGUGGACACUUCUGACCACGAUGGACUCAGGAAGCAAGCUGCUUGUAUAUUAGACGAGGGCACCCACGUCCAAAAGGGAGAGAAGGUACAUUUGCAAUGGUGUCUGAAAAAUGGCUGCAUUCAAAUUGGCAUUUCUAAUGGCACAUCAACUACUUGAAGCAUGUUUUUGCAUUUAAAAUCUAUGGUAAGUGUUCAGCUGGGUAAUGUCGUAGAAGCAUUGGGU